UUAAUUAUUAAAAUCUAAAACUUGUCAGAUUUCUGUCAAUUUCACAAUAAUUUAUUUUGAGGUUAUAUUGAACAAGUAAUUUAAUUUAAUUGUUGGAAAUAAAAAAUGGGAUCAAACUGGGAAGAAUUUUACGCGAAUCUUCCAAAGCCGAAAGAUUUAGACCACAGUAUAAAAUUGUUGGAAAAAUUUUCUGAACGAGCUCACAAUGCUAAAGGAAUUGUUUUAGUGACGAGUGGAGGGACCACGGUGCCGUUGGAAUACAACACUGUCAGAUUUGUAGACAACUUCAGUGCUGGUACCAGGGGCUCUGUGUCGGCUGAAUAUUUUUUGGAGCAAGGAUAUGCGGUCGUAUUUAUGUACAGACUCAAAACUCUUGAGCCGUAUUCAAGACACUUUACCGGUCAGAAAUUUUUGGACAUGCUGGAGCUGAAAGAAGCUGAUGGAAAAAAUUCAGUAGCAAUGUUGCCAGAGUAUUCAGACCGUAUUGCCGAAGUCUUGGUGAAAUACAAACAAGCAUUGAAGCAAGAAAAAUUGUUGCAAAUAACAUUCACGACUGUUGCUGAAUAUUUAUGGCUGCUAAGAGCUGUUUGUCAAGCACUAGCUUCUUUUGAACGUCGAGCUAUCAUAUAUUUAGCUGCAGCAGUAUCUGACUUUUAUGUUCCUCCUCAUGAAAUGUCAGUUCACAAAAUUCAAUCUAGUGGACCUCCAAAUAUAUCAUUACAAUUAGUUCCAAAAAUAUUGAAGCCUUUGGUGAGCUUGUGGGUGCCCAAAGCAUUUGUUAUUUCCUUCAAAUUGGAGACUGAUGAAAAUUUAUUGAUUAAAAAAGCCCGAGACUCUUUAAAUAAUUACAAUCACAAUCUGGUGAUAGCCAACAUGCUGCAAACGCGCAAACAACGAGUAGUGAUGGUAACCAAGGAGAAAAAUUACGAAAUUUUUUUAACUGAUGAACAAUUAGAAAAAGGAGAAGAAAUUGAAAAAUAUAUAAUUGAUGAUCUUGUAGAUAGACAUUCACAAUUUUUAAAAAUUCAAUCCUAAUUAAUUAUGACAUUAAGUUAAAAUCAACAGACAUCUGGAAAUUUUAUUAAU